GGUGAUUAAAAGAAACGUAGACGGAAGGUUGAUGUUUUCCUUACAGGUCAUCAGCCAUGGUGUGCAUCCCCUGCAUCGUCAUCCCCAUCCUCUUGUGGGUCUACAAGAAGUUCUUGGAGCCCAUCCUCUACCCCUUCAUAUCUCCCUUCAUCAGCCGGAUCUGGCCAAAGAAAGCCGUUCAGAGCAUCCCGCCCGCGGGGAGCAAAGACCAAGGGGAGUGCAACGGCAGCAGUAAGCCGGCCAGUAAUGGAGCCGUGAACGGAAGUGUCACUCACACACAGGAAGAGACCUCCAAUAAAAAGACGGACUGAACCGAGCUCA